AGCUUUGCUAGAAGCAGAAGGUCGCCAAUGGAUUCUCAUGUGGAAUGAAGAACAUGGAAGGAGGUUACCCAAAGGUGACCGAAAUCUGCGUUACGAUUAUAGCAACCGAUACUCCGCUUAUCAACAGGAGAAAGGAAGAAAAGCUCUUCCCGCAAUCCCAAAUGUUGACCUAAGAUACAAAUUCCCACAAACAAAUAUGAGCCGCUCUGUGUUUUCUUCAUCUAGGACAGAAAGUGCUAGAAGGCAAAGAGUUCUCCCUGAGAAAAAAGCGCUACCAAAAGAACCCUUCAGGCCAGGACAGCGUCCUUCAACUACUACCGAAAGGCAUGUGACUCAUGAAAGGAGCCUGAUUGGACAGAGAGAAAGACAAAGUUUUACGUCGCCUUAUCGGAUGAGCAGAGACAGUGACCUUCAGCCAAGGCCACCAGCGCCUGAAAGGAAGACAACCGAAAUGGGAAGUAUGGCGUCUGCUUUGAAAGAGUCCACUAUCCUUCAGAAGCAAAUGAAAAGGCCGAUGAGUUCUGAAGGCAUCAGGUCCACCGUGAUCAUCACUUCACCUCUGUCUCCCAGCUCAACUUCUUCUUCUUCUAAAGGAAGCCAAUAUGAGACGAGGGAAGGAAUUUUGGGUUACAUCAAUGAACUAAUCAAAGAGGGCAAGCCAGGAAAAGAAGAAAAACAUGUUUUGGUAGAAGGAGUUGAGCAGAAGGAAAAAUUGGCUGAAGAAGCAACAGGUUCUGCUAUGAAGAAUUUUGAGAAAUUGUACGGGGUAGAAAAAACAGUUCAAAAGAAGGCCGAAGUGAAGGAAGUGGAGAACAAAGAGGAUACAGUGGAAGAGAGUAUCUUUAAGAGAAAGGAAGAGAAAUUAAUGAAAGAUAAUGUGCCUUUUAGAAGAUGGGAGGAACAGAUUAAAGUGGAGGCAGAAGGAAAGAAGAUUCCAAAAGAUACAGAAACGUUUGGAAGGGAGAAAAUUGUGACCACCUCCUCAAAAACCCAAGAAACUUUUGAAGUCCCCAUUUAUUCAGGACAUACUGAAGGCAAAAUCCUACAGAAGAAUCACAAUAUAGAGAUAACACUGCAAGACUUCCAAACUCCUCCAGAAAAAUCAAAAGAAGAAGCUGAAUUUAAACUCGGGAAUGAAAUGACUCAAGGUUAUAGAACCAAAGAAGAGGAUUCUGAAAUAGAUGCUUCACACACUGAGAGUAUAGCAGAGAGCAUUGUUUCUGACAUCCUUAAAGGUUUUGUACAAAAGUCUUCAGAAGAAGGACUUCCUCCCGAAGCUAAAAUAACUUCCUUCGAAAAGGAAGAAAUUUCUGAGGAUGGAAAAGUGAAAACCAAGAUCAGCAUAGAGUCCACAGUUCAAGAAGAUGACCUUGAUGCGUCUAAUAAGUCUGAAUUGGGAAGUUUCUUAGAGAAAGAUCUUAAAAAAGUAUUGGAGGAUACCAAAGGAAGUUUAGAUGAAAAUGUCCUAGACAAUAUAAUUAAUGUUGGGAUGAAAGGAAUGGAAAACAAGGCCAAGAGGACUAUUAAAGUUGAGAUCAUUGAAGAGCCCGCAACUAUAGUUGAUGAAAGGGUGGAGUUUUCAACCCCAUUCGAAGUAGAAGAAGCAGAAGACACAUUUCUCAAUGUGAGAGAACAUCCAUAUCAUAGUGAUAAAGAGAAAGCCACCCCAAGUGUUUCUGGAGACCGUAAGGAAAAACAACCCGAUGAGAUUGUGUCUCAUGUGGAAGAAGUAUCUGAGGGAGAUGAUGUUGUGGAUGAAGAAAAGUACUUUGUUUCCACUCCAGAUGAAUACCCGUUUGGAUAUGAGGAAGGAGAAGGUUCCACCUAUGGUCAAAUCCAUUUUGAAGAAGAAUCAACAGUGAAAUAUUCUUGGCAAGAUGAAUUUCUGGAAGGGUCUCAAACCAACAUAAAGGAGGGUCUGGCUUCAUCAGAAAUGAUUUAUCAAGUAAUUGGCGCAGAUGCCGGGUCGUUUAUCUCAAAGGCAGAAGCCCCCAAAGAACAGGUGGCCCAUGCUGAAUCUCUAGUUAUUGAGAAGGAGAUUAAAAUCCCACAUGAAUUUCAAGAGUCAAUAAAGGAGGUUUUUUCUCACCAUUCAAAGGAUCCUAAACAUCAGUUGAAAGAGGCACUAGGGAAGCUUGAAGCAACUCUUCCAGAACUUGUGAAACAGGAACUUGGUGAACUCACUGAAGAGGACAAAGCUGACUCUAGUACCUUGGAAGUGGAUAUUAAAAAAGUAGAGCACCCUGAAAAAGAGGGUGUAUUUACUAUCGUUGCAGAAGUUAAUUUAUCCCAGACAAUAGACACUGACCAGUUGAGUACAGAGUGGCUUGGUGAAGUUGGGGGCGAUCAGAUGAAAUUGUCCAAACAAUCACCAAAUGAAGGUAGCUUUGAGCAAUACAUAAAGCAAGAACCAGAAACUUGGCAGGAUGAAAAACAUCACGUAGAUGUUUCCUCCACACAUUGGACCACAGAAGACACCAGUAAGAGAGAAGAUGCCUAUCCUUCUAAGGAGUCAUUUGAUAUCAACAGACACAUCCGGCAUGUUGUUGUUGGUCCAACUGAAAUCCGUAAGACUGAACAUGUCUUUUAUGAAGGUCCUACUUCUGACACUCUGGAGUUUGGAACAGUGGACUUUACAACAGGAGUAUCCACAGAUGCAGGUCAAUUCAAGAAGGAAAUAAAGUUGAGUCCUGAAAUAACGGAAACCACAGAAAAAAUAAUUUAUAGAAGUCCUAUUUAUACAUCUGAAGAAGUGAGUAAUCCUGAAAAUUCUACUCACAUCCAGAUUUCAAGUGAUAUCAGAUCCUCCAAGCAUAUCACAUUGGAUUCCAAACAAAUUGUUGAAAAAAUCACGUUUGAGGGAUCAGCUUCAGACUUGUCAUCAGCUAAUAGAAGGGAUAUCUUUUCCCAGAUGAAAGAUCCCAUAGCAAUGAGCACAUCAGUAAGUCACAUCCAAAUAGAUCCCAAAGAAAUACAUGUUGAACGAGAAAUCUAUGAAGUGCCUUUUUCCACUGGAGACCAUGAUCUGUUUGAAGAAACAGUGAAAAAGAUUACAUUAGGACAGAAGGACACGUCAACAUCUGACCAAAACAUUUAUGAAGGUUCCUUCACCAAGACAUCAGAUGAUGGUUCCACCAAGCCUGGUGAGGAGAAGGUGCUGGAUGUUAACACUACAAUCGGACAUAUCAAAUUAAGUCCGAAGGAAUUUGUAAGUGAACAAAUUGUUUUUACAGAGCCCAUUUCUGAACAGCACCAAAAGGUCCAUGAAUUGGGGCAGAUGCUUUCUUCUGAAGGGUCGGUACAUCGUAUUAAAUUAGGGCAGGAAGAAGUCCAGAGCCAUGAUUUCAUGUCCCAAGAUUUUGUUUUGGAAUCUCCAGGAAUUGGUUCUUCACAAGAAGACACCUUGGAAAAAAUAAGUCCUGCAGAGAUCAGCAGAUCAACACAUCAUAUUCAGAUUGGGCAAAGGCUCCAUAGUCCUGAUACUCAACUCUUCAGCGGUAUGGAAUUUCCCCACACGGAUGGACUCUCAGAAAACAGCAAAUCUGUUGGGCAAAUCAGAAUCGGACAGAAAGAAACGUCCUUUACCUUCCAGAUGGACAUAAGCAAAAUGGGUGGGAGAGAGCCACAAGCUACCCUAGUUGUAUCAAGUAGACAAGAAGCAGGUCAACCUGAAGGCGGGAUGGAAGAGGUUUGGAAAGACCCAGAGAGUGAGCAGAAGUCAGAGGAGUCCACGUUCGAUCAAACUGUGCAACUGCAAAGAAUGGUUGACCAACGAUCGGUGAUUUCGGAUGAAAAGAAAAUUGCCCUUCUCUACCUCAAUGAAAACGAGGGGGAAGACGAGGACCAGGGACCCUGGUUUUAAAAACUAACAUUUCCAAGUUUUGUUUUUUUAAAAACCUAGAAGCUUAACUGCUGCAUCGUUGAGUUUUAAACCUGGGAAUAUCUAGUCCUUUCAUCCUGAACAGAGGACGUGGAACGUAAAUUUUCUGAUGCAGUAAUAUUUUAGCAGCAUUCUUUUCUUAAAUUACGUAAGAUUUCAUUUUACUGAUGCUGUGGAUAUCUCAACACGAUUUUUUUUUGUAGUUUCCUUGUUUCUGUUUGAGAAAGGAUUUAAGUGGAUAUAGGAAAAUACCAUUUUUGCUCAAUUUAAAAAGAGUAGCCUUUU